AUGAGUGCGUCAUCGUGGCUUCUAGAGUCAAGCAGUCAAAUUUCUGCACUUUUCCAUUGUGACAACUGUGGAAAUAUGAUCGAUAGUAUCAGUUGGAAACAAUGCGAUAAAUGCAAGAACUUUGAUUUAUGCAGAAAAUGUGGAAAGUUAACGGAGAAUCAGUUAAAAUAUGAUACUGGAUCGAAGCAUAAAUCAUUUCAUCCCAAUGAUGAUCCAGUUAGUAGUAAAAACAUGUCAUUGGUAAUGGUCGGAAAUGCUGAGAAAGAACUGGAUAAUAAUAUUGAUACAAUAAACGAAGGGCACUUCACAAUGAUAAUGAAACGGGAACGAAUUCAAAAUGAUUGGCAGAUGGCUAUUGUUAUGGAUGCAUUACAUAGAGAAAACAAGUCAUCACCGCCAUCAUUUUUAUCAUCAUUAUCAUCAGACGAACGGUCUAAAUUAAAUUCAAUGAUGAUAGAAUAUAAUGUACCAAAAGACGAAAACACUGUACGUGUAUUGAGCUUAGAUGGUGGAGGCGUGCGUGGCUACAUGUCCAUUAAAAUUCUCGAGCAGCUCAUAAAAGAUAAUUAUCUUCCUAACAUUGAUCCUAAGGAUAAAGAAUACAAGGAAGAAUUUAAAAAUGGUCAACACAAGUUUACGAAGCAAUUCGAUUACUUCGCUGGUACAAGUACAGGUGGACUCAUUGCUUUCUGUUUGGCUACCGAACAUCCUCUGUUGGAGAUUAAGGAGAUAUAUGCAAACUCCUCAGAUUAUUUCAAAAAAAAUUGGACACCUUGGAUGCUCGGUACGUUGGGAAAUGUCAUGACUGCCAAAUAUAAUGAUCAGAAGAUACACGACGCCAUUGAUAACAUAAUUAAGGAGAGAUUUAAAAAUAUGCCCAAUGGAGAAGUAACAUUAACAGCUGCAAAUGCAACUUUACAUGAUUUACAUAAAUUGUUGAAUCCCAAUGAAGGUACGACAACAGUUCAUGACACUAAUAGAAAAGUAUUACUUAUUAAUGCUUACAAUAUAACGACAAGUUGCAUUACUGUAUUUAAUACAAGUUGUAAAGAACAUUGGGGAUAUCUUGUAGGAGAUGUACUAAAAGCCACAAUGGCUGCUCCUACUUACUUUCGACCGUGGCAUAUGUGUGAAUGGGAAAAGAAAGAAGAUGGUAAUUUUGGUAAGAAAAAAGAUGCUAAUGGAAAAGAUGUUGAAGAUCACAUUUUUAUUGACGGUGGUGUGUUUGCCAACGAUCCAGAAUUAACAGCGAUAUGGUCAAUACGAAUGCAUCUAGCACGAUUGGUUAAUUAUCGUAUACUUUCUAUUGGCACAGGAUGUUAUAGUCCACAAUUAGAUUCAAAUAGUUGGGGUGGUUAUUGGACAUGGGUGGCCAACUUGUUUAAACCAGGAUUGGUGGUCAAUACAUUAAUGGAUGCUACGCGUAGUUUAACCGAAACCGUUGUGAACGAUUUAGCCAAAUUCAAUAAUAUCAGACGAAUGAAAUUUAAUUACAAGUUAAAAAUAUCUAUGGAAUUAGAUGAUCCGAAAUUUCCGGCAAUGUUUGACGAUGAAUGGGAGAAGUUUGUUAACUCGUCAGGAAAGAAAUUGACAAAUAUAUCAGAAGAUGGAUCGAGAGGUCUGUCAACAGACAAAUCGAAAUAUGGAUUGAUGUACGGACCCGAUUAUAAAGCAUUACUUCACUUUUAUGAAAGACACAUAAAGCGCGAACAAUAG